UUUAUUUGCAUAUCUCAGAGUAUAAUUGGUUUGCUCCGCCAGUUUCCCCCUCAGUCCACCGCUUCACCGACCCAGAGAUUUCUUACGCCGAACGCCAGGCAACCCUCGAUAUCCAGCUAAAAUGUCUGACAAACCCAACAUGGAAGAGGUCACUAGCUUCGACAAGACCAAACUGAAGAAGACGGAGACUCAAGAGAAAAACCCUUUGCCGUCAAAAGAAACCAUUGAACAGGAAAAGCAAGCAGAGUCAUCGUGAAGACUGACCUCCCAAUAUGCACUGUACAUUCCACAAGCAUUGCCUUCUUUCUUCACCUCUUUUAGCUGUUUAACUUUGUAACAGGAAACUAAGUUGCAUUGUGAUUUGACGAAAACCGAUGACUGCUGCUCUCCACCCCGCCCCUUUUGCAGCGACAAUUAAAGAAAACUACUGACUGUACGGAGGAUGUGUCGGCCCAUCCUAGUGUCUUGGCUUUCUUUGGUCCUGUUGUUGG